AUGUCGGUAUUGUUUGUUGGUGGGACUGCAGAGCAAUGCAUAGCAGCGGCGAUUCUUCAGCAGCGAGGGAUCAAGUGCAGCGUUGUUGGGGCAUGCCACGAAUUGGGCGCCCCUUGGAUAGGAGUUCCUAUCAGUGUUCUUUGUGGCUGCAGCGGUACAGAGACCAGUGCUUCCGAUGCUCUCCCCGCUGGCCUCUCUGUUGUCUUCGCUGAGCUUUCGUGGACCGAAGCCGAACAGAAUAUGCUGGCGCCACUGAGCUAUGAAUGCAUGACAGAAGUACUGCCCUUGAACUCUUCUUUGAUCCUGAUGUCAAGUGUAGCUAACAUGAGCGAGUACUACCGCUUUAUCUUUCUGGAAGAGCCUCUCUCAUUGUGCAAUGGUCAGGUUUUGCACGCUGCCAAUUCAAUAGCCUCCUUGAUGAGGUCCGAGACAUACACAAUCACUCAACGGCGAAAUAUUAUUCGCUUUCUGAAGGCGAUGGAACAGUAUAUUAAGGCUUUUCACUUAUCGUAUAUUGAAUUCACAGAUCGAGAGGACGCAGAUGUUAACUAUUUGGCGAUGCCUAAUGAAGUAACUAUUCUCAAGCAAUUUGAAGAAGAUAACGUGCAAAUUUUGGCUGUAGGUGAGUAUUUUAAGGUUCCCCAGAUCUUCUUUUCACAGCUUCUCUGUGUUGCCAUGGAGUCGCUGGCCAAUCUGACAUUUACCGACCUACUGAAAGGAGUAGUAUGCUUGUAUCAAUCACUCAGUGGCCAUCGCUCUCGAUGUGUAUUAGAAUAUGGAUUCUCAGAUAUACCCCAAUCAUUUGUUAGAGUUCUCUUCUGUCACGGAGGAUUGGGAAUUUCCAGAUGCUCAGCUAAGGUGUAUCCCAAUGGGAUCCAGAUUACACCAAUAACGGGGGAUGCUAUUGAGGUAUCCCCAACUGUGAUAUAUAUCGCUGACACCUCUCUCACCAUGCCUGUGAUUCAAGUAGUCUUCAUUUUGCGAGACAUUGAUGGCACAUUCGCUUCCUAUUUUUGUACUCACAUUGCUCCAACGGGAUCAGAGAACUCUGCUGCAAGCAACGGUCACAUGCCCGUUAACUUCAGUUGCCUUCUUUCUAGUCAUAUUGCAGUUGUUCGUGUCGGGGAAGGGUGCCAUUUAAGACGUGGAUUUCUCUCCAUUACCGUCUGCUGUCCAUGUAAAGUGGAAAGCGAUGAGUCAAUAGCAGUCAUUGUUCGCAACAUACAAAAGUCAGUUCGCACAGAGAUGCCCCAAUUCAUGGGCAUCGAAAUCCAACAGUUCCAGGCUGCCGAGUGCGCAGUGUUUGCAACCUACUACAACCAGGAUAAGUACAUUCUCCAGUCGAGUCUGUUUACAGAUGGCCAAAUCCAGGAUCUAAAAGAGCGGUACACAGUUAAGUGUCACUCAGAGCUAUUCACAAACGGACCAUCCGCGUGCUCCGUGUCGACAACCUUAACAGGGGCGACUAUUCUAAUUAAGGACGUGCUAGGUGACGCUGUUGGAGAGGUCCUGAACUGGGUCACAGACUUGAGAAGGACUGCUAGGGUAGAUGCAUGCAAGAGACUAUUCAAUAGGUCGAAGAACGAUGGGGGUAAAAUACACCCUGAUGAUGCUGGGCAAGAUUCUAACGAAUUUAUGAACGACAGCUAG